AUGAUCUUCGCCCAGUGGUACAGCGUGACAGAUGAUCUUCGCCGGUGGUACAGCGUGACAGAUGAUCUUCGCCCAGUGUCCUCCUCCUCCCCGGCACGCUCCCCCAGCAUUCCUCCUCCUCCUCCUCACCCCGGUCCUCCUACCCCCGUGCGCUCCCCCAGUCCUCGUCCUCCCACCCAGCCCUCCUCCUCCUCCCCCCGGCACGCUCCCCCCAGUCCUCCUCCCCCCGGCACGCUCCCCCCAGUCCUCCUCCCCCAGUCACACUCCCCCAGUCCUCCUCCUCCUCCCCCGCGCGCUCCCCUAUCCACCCCCCUUUCGCGAGCUCCCCUAGUCCUCCUCCUCCCCGGCACGCUCCCCCAGCAUUCCUCCUCCUCCUCCUCACCCCGGUCCUCCUACCCCCGUGCGCUCCCCCAGUCCUCGUCCUCCCACCCAGCCCUCCUCCUCCUCCCCCCGGCACGCUCCCCCCAGUCCUCCUCCCCCCGGCACGCUCCCCCCAGUCCUCCUCCCCCAGUCACACUCCCCCAGUCCUCCUCCUCCUCCCCCGCGCGCUCCUCCUCCCCCGCACGCUCCCCCAGUCCUUAUCCUCACCCCCGCGCUUCCCCCAGUCCUCCUCCCCCGCACGCUCCCCCUCCCCCAGUCCUCCCCCCCGCACGCUCCCCCAGUCCUUAUCCUCCCCCCCCGCGCUUCCCCCAGUCCUCAUCCACCCCCACGCGCUCCCCCCAGUCGUCAUCCUCCCCCGCGAGCUUCCCCCAGUCGUGCUCCCCCAAUCCAGCUCCCCCAGUCCCCCCCCCCGCUCCCCCAGUCCUCAUCCUCCCCCGCGCGCUUCCCCCAGUCGUGCUCCCCCAAUCCAGCUCCCCCAGUCCCCCCCCCCGCUCCCCCAGUCCUCAUCCUCCCCCGCGCGCUUCCCCCAGUAGUCAUCCUCCCCCGCGCGCUUCACCAGUCGUCAUCCUCCCCCGCGCGCUUCCCCCAGUCGUCAUCCUCCCCCCCGCGCUUCCCCCAGUCGUCAUCCUCCCCCCCGCGCGCUUCCCCCAGUCGUCAUCCUCCCCCCCGCGCGCUUCCCCCAGUCGUCAUCCUCCCCCCCGCGCGCUUCCCCCAGUCGUCAUCCUCCCCCCCGCGCGCUUCCCCCAGUCGUCAUCCUCCCCCCCGCGCUUCCCCCAGUCGUCAUCCUCCCCCCCGCGCUUCCCCCAGUCGUCAUCCUCCCCCCGCGCUCCCCCCAGUCGUCAUCCUCCCCCGCGAGCUUCCCCCAGUCGUGCUCCCCCAAUCCAGCUCCCCCAGUCCCCCUGCGCGCUUCCCCCAGUCCUCAUCCUCCCCCGCGCGCUUCCCCCAGUCCUCAUCCUCCCCCGCGCGCUUCCCCCAGUCCUCAUCCUCCCCCGCGCGCUUCCCCCAGUCCUCAUCCUCCCCCGCGCGCUUCCCCCAGUCCUCAUCCUCCCCCGCGCGCUUCCCCCAGUCCUCAUCCUCCCCAGUCGCGCUUCCCCCAGUCCUCAUCCUCCCCAGUCGCGCUUCCCCCAGUCCUCAUCCUCCCCAGUCGCGCUUCCCCCAGUCCUCAUCCUCCCCAGUCGCGCUUCCCCCAGUCGCGCUUCCCCCAGUCGCCAUCCUCCCCAGUCGCGCUUCCCCCAGUCGCCAUCCUCCCCAGUCGUGCUCCCCCCAGUCGCGCUUCCCCCAGUCGCCAUCCUCCCCAGUCGCGCUUCCCCCAGUCGCCAUCCUCCCCAGUCGUGCUCCCCCCAGUCGCGCUUCCCCCAGUCGCCAUCCUCCCCAGUCGUGCUCCCCCCAGUCGUGCUUCCCCCAGUCGCCAUCCUCCCCAGUCGUGCUCCCCCAAUCCAGCUCCCCCAGUCCUCAUCCUCCACCAGCGCUCAUCCUCCCCCGCACGCCCCCCCCCAGUCCUCAUCCUCCACCAGCGCUCAUCCUACCCCAGUCCUCAUCCUCCACCAUGCGCUUCCCCCAGUCCUCAUCCUCCCACACGCGCUCCCCCAGUCCUCAUCCUCCCACACGCGCUCCCCCAGUCCUCAUCCUCCCACACGCGCUCCCCCAGUCCUCAUCCUCCCCCGCGCGCUCCCCCAGUCCUCAUCCUCCCCCGCGCGCUUCCCCCAGUCCUCAUCCUCCCCCGCGCGCUUCCCCCAGUCCUCAUCCUCCCCCGCGCGCUUCCCCCAGUCCUCAUCCUCCCCCGCGCGCUUCCCCCAGUCCUCAUCCUCCCCCGCGCGCUUCCCCCAGUCCUCAUCCUCCCCCGCGCGCUUCCCCCAGUCCUCAUCCUCCCCCGCGCGCUUCCCCCAGUCCUCAUCCUCCCCCGCGCGCUUCCCCCAGUCCUCAUCCUCCCACGCGCGCUUCCCCCAGUCCUCAUCCUCCCCAUCGCGCUUCCCCCAGUCGCCAUCCUCCCCAGUCGCCAUCCUCCCCAGUCGCGCUUCCCCCAGUCGCCAUCCUCCCCAGUCGUGCUCCCCCCAGUCGCGCUUCCCCCAGUCGCCAUCCUCCCCAGUCGUGCUCCCCCAGUCCUCAUCCUCCACCAGCGCUCAUCCUCCCCCGCACGCCCCCCCCAGUCCUCAUCCUCCCCCGCACGCCCCCCCCCAGUCCUCAUCCUCCCCCGCGCGCUUCCCCCAGUCCUCAUCCUCCCCCGCGCGCUUCCCCCAGUCCUCAUCCUCCCCCGCGCGCUUCCCCCAGUCCUCAUCCUCCCCCGCGCGCUUCCCCCAGUCCUCAUCCUCCCCCGCGCGCUUCCCCCAGUCCUCAUCCUCCCCCGCGCGCUUCCCCCAGUCCUCAUCCUCCCCCGCGCGCUUCCCCCAGUCCUCAUCCUCCCCCGCGCGCUUCCCCCAGUCCUCAUCCUCCCCCGCGCGCUUCCCCCAGUCGCCAUCCUCCCCAGUCGCGCUUCCCCCAGUCGCCAUCCUCCCCAGUCGCGCUUCCCCCAGUCGCCAUCCUCCCCAGUCGCGCUUCCCCCAGUCGCCAUCCUCCCCAGUCGCGCUUCCCCCAGUCGCCAUCCUCCCCAGUCGCGCUUCCCCCAGUCGCCAUCCUCCCCAGUCGUGCUCCCCCCAGUCGCGCUUCCCCCAGUCGCCAUCCUCCCCAGUCGUGCUCCCCCCAGUCGCGCUUCCCCCAGUCGCCAUCCUCCCCAGUCGUGCUCCCCCAAUCCAGCUCCCCCAGUCCUCAUCCUCCACCAGCGCUCAUCCUCCCCCGCACGCCCCCCCCCCCAGUCCUCAUCCUCCACCAGCGCUCAUCCUCCCCCAGUCCUCAUCCUCCACCAUGCGCUCCCCCAGUCCUCAUCCUCCCACACGCGCUCCCCCAGUCCUCAUCCUCCCACACGCGCUCCCCCAGUCCUCAUCCUCCCACACGCGCUCCCCCAGUCCUCAUCCUCCCCUAGUCUCACCCCCCCACGCGCUCCCCCAGUCCUCACCCCUCCACACGCUCCCCUAG